CAUGACUUCUAAAUAUAAAUUGAGUUUUCAGUUUUCAUUUUUUUCAAUGUGAAUGUUUUAAGCUCUAACUAUUUUAUUCAUUUUGAAAUGAGUUUCAUUACUUAUAUUCUAUUUGCUCUUUCUCUUAUUGUCUCCAAUUCCAUAGCCAGUGAUGACACAUCAUCCAUCAUUACUCAAUCGCAAUCCAUCAGUGAUGGAGAGACCAUUGUUUCACCAAAAGGACUCUUUGAGCUUGGUUUCUUCAGUAUUACAAAUCCAAACAAACGCUACCUCGGAAUCCGAUUCAAGAAUAUUCCAACUCAAAAUGUUGUUUGGGUUGCAAAUGGUGGCAUACCAAUCAAUGACUCUUUUGCCAUUUUGAAACUAAACAGUUCUGGAAGUUUGGUCCUUACUCACGAAAACAACAUUAUUUGGUUCACAAAUUCUUCCACAAAUGUACAGAAACCAGUUGCACAACUCUUGGAUACUGGCAAUCUUGUCAUAAAAGAUAAUGGCAAUGAAACCUAUUUGUGGCAAAGCUUUGACUAUCCAUCUAACACAUUUUUGUCAGGUAUGAAGUUGGGAUGGGACCAUAAAAGAAAUUUGAAUAGGCGUCUCAUAGCAUGGAAGAGCGAUGAUGAUCCAACCCCCGGAGACUUUUCUUGGGGUGUUGUAUUGAAUCCGUAUCCUGAUAUCUAUAUGAUGAAGGGAGAAAAAAAGUACUACAGACUUGGACCAUGGAACGGCUUGCGUUUUAGUGGUAGGCCAGAGAUGAAGCCUAAUUCUAUUUUCAGUUACAAUUUUGUCUGCAAUAAAGAAGAGGUUUAUUACACAUGGAACAUCAAAGAUAGUACUCAAAUAUCAAAAGUGGUACUUAACCAAACCAGUAACGAUCGUCCACGAUACGUAUGGUCAAAGGACGACAAAUCAUGGAAUAUUUAUUCAAGAAUACCAGGAGACGAUUGUGACCAUUAUGGUCGAUGUGGAGUCAAUGGAUAUUGCAGCAUUUCUAAUUCACCAAUAUGUGAAUGUUUAAAAGGGUUCAAGCCUAAGUUUCCUGAAAAAUGGAACUCAAUAGAUUGGUCCCAAGGAUGUGUCAGGAAUCAUCCAUUGAACUGCACCAAUGAUGGAUUUGUCUCAUUGGCAAGCUUGAAAGUUCCUGAUACUACAUAUACUUUGGUGGACGAGAGUAUUGGUCUAGAACAAUGUAGAGUAAAAUGCUUGAAUAACUGUUCCUGCAUGGCUUAUACAAAUACAAAUAUAAGUGGAGCACGGAGUGGUUGUGUUAUGUGGUUCGGUGAUUUAACUGAUAUCAAACAUAUUCCAGAUGGUGGGCAAGUUCUAUAUAUAAGGAUGCCUGUUUCAGAAUUAGAUAAAGUCAACGACAGGAAGAACACGAGAAAAAUAGUAGUAAUUACAGUGUGUGCAGCUUUGGGAAUGCUUUUACUUGCUGUUUAUUUUUUCUGCAGAUUCAGGAGGAGCAUUGUUGGGAAGACAAAGACAGAAGGCAACUAUGUAAGGCACCUGGAUGAUCUGGAUAUCCCAUUGCUUAACUUGUCAACAAUUAUUACUGCUACUGACAAUUUCUCAGAGAAGAACAAAAUUGGAGAAGGUGGUUUUGGACCUGUAUAUUUGGGAAAGUUUGAGUGUGGGUUAGAAAUUGCUGUAAAAAGACUUUCACAGAGCUCAGCACAAGGGAUUCGAGAAUUCAUAAAUGAAGUAAAACUUAUUGCAAAUGUUCAGCACCGAAAUCUUGUAACGCUUAUUGGUUGCUGCAUUGAGAGAGAAGAAAAAAUGUUAGUUUAUGAAUACAUGGCUAAUGGUAGCCUAGACUACUUCAUUUUUGAUCGUACCAAAAGUAAAUUGCUAGAUUGGCCAAAACGUUUCCACAUAAUCUGUGGAAUUGCUAGAGGGCUUAUGUAUCUUCAUCAAGAUUCUCGAUUGAGGAUUGUCCAUAGAGACCUCAAAAGCAGCAAUGUUUUACUAGAUGAUACUUUGAAUCCAAAAAUAUCAGAUUUUGGAUUGGCUAGAACUUUUGGAGGAAACCAAAUUGAAGGAAACACAAAUAGAAUUGUUGGGACGUAUGGGUACAUGGCACCAGAGUAUGCUAUUGAUGGACAAUUUUCCGUGAAAUCCGACGUUUUCAGCUUUGGUAUUUUAUUGUUAGAGAUUAUAUGUGGGAAGAAAAAUCGAGUGUGUCAUCGUACAAAGCAAACUCUUAACCUUGUUGCUUAUGCAUGGACAUUCUGGAAACAUGGAAGACCUUUACAGAUAAUUGACUCAAACAUAGUGGAUUCGUGCAUUGUAUCUGAAGUAUCGCGUUGCAUCCACAUUGGACUCUUAUGUGUGCAACAAUAUCCAGAGGAUAGGCCUACCAUGGCUGAUGUGAUUCUAAUGUUAGGGAGUGAGAUGAUGGCAUUAGAUGAACCCAAGGAGCCAGGUUCUAUUACGAGGAAAGAAUCUGUUGAAGCAAAUUCAAGCUCAAGUGGGAAGGAUACAAGUUCAAACUAUGAAAUGACAAUGAGCUCUUUUAGUGCUCGGUGAAAAAUCAAUAAGAUACCGGUACAUAUUUCAGUAAAGGAGGUAUAAUUCCAUGGGGAACAAAGUCACUACUAAAGUACUAGUGUUCAAAUACUUUUGUACUUGAAUGUUUAAAGUGAAUUUGGUUACACUUAAUUUAAAACUUAAUAAUAAAUAUAGAAAUGUAAAUGAGAAUUUGUUGUGCAGUUUGUUCAUGUCCUGCCAUAGUGUACCAUAUUUAGUUAUGGGACACUCAAGCGGGCAACCAUUUGGAUACCCCGUAUUAAAGUUGUAUUGAAGUUCCAUAUUGUCUAGAUUCUUAGACCGUUGGAUAUGUAAAAGUGUUUGUGUACUUUCAUCCCUUUCGCUAGCUUUUAAGAUGAGAGUUAAGCACAUUUAACAUGGUAUCGGAGACGGAUUAAGAUUACGAUAUGAAAAUUGGACUCAGGACUCACGCUAGACGUGGGGGUGGGUAUUAGAGUUUCAUAUUGCUCAACUUUUUGGAUUGUUGAAUGUAUAAAUUUGUUUAGAUGCCUUCAUCAUUUGACUAGUUUUGGAUGAAAUACAAAGUUG